GAUCCUUCGUCCGUAUCGCCGUUGGAUCAGUGUGAGAAGAUAGUGUAAGUCACUACCAUUUGAUCAUGUGAUCUGUAUAUAGUCGGCUCGGACAAAAUGGCGAAAUACUUUGCGAUAACUGUGUGUUUAAUAUUUUUGGUAUUUUCUGUGAAUUCUGUUGUACAUGAAGAAAGAAAGGAAGACCCGAGCGAGGAAAUAAUUAAACACGAGGAUGCUGAGGAGGGAAUCAGUUUUCCUACAUUUAAAGAUCAUGCUGAAACAUCUGGACUCCGUCGUCGUUUCCUAGAAUCUCUUGUGUGCCCGAAGCCUGGAACAGACAACAAUAAGGUAACAAAAGUGUCUGGUGACCCGCCCCAUAUGUCAAGCAAGGUUCAGGUCACGUGUAAUGCCGGGAAACAUUUUACCGGAAGAGAAUCAAACAAAACAAUGGUAACAGUCCAAUGUCAACCACUUCCGCAUCCGUGUAUGUGCAUGGCAGCAUGGACGACCAUAGAUGAUUUUCAACUCAUGUACGAUUUCAACUGUACAUCAGAUAUAGAAGAUACCAAAGAUAACGAAAAGACGUCUAAACCUACACAAGAUGAUUUACCAAUUUAUCCUUCACAAGAUAGAAAUAAAGAUGAGUUACAGUGCCCAGAUCCUUCUCCAAUUAGAGGUACUGUUAAAGUAAUAUCCGGUAAACCAUUUACAGACGGCUGUAAAGUUUCAUUAAGAUGUGACCCGGGACUGGUUUUUAAUGACGGAAAGACGGUCUGGAAUUUAACUUGCGUCCCCGUGGCCCAUAUUCCACCAGCUUUGGUCUGGAUACCGCAAUAUAAUGGAACUCCUACAUGCAAAGAACCACAACUAACAGAGUUAGAAAAACAAGAAACAACACAAACAGAUAAAGCCGAUGUAGUACAAAUAUUAGAGAAUCAAGAAACGGAUGAAGAUAAGCAGACGAUCGUGUCUAGGGAUGUUAAUGAUGACCUACAAUGCCCCGACCCCACACCCAUUCGAGGGACAAUGAAGAUUUUACACGGCCAUCCAUACUCGUUCGGUUGUAAUGUUCUGUUGACCUGUGACCCUGGGCUCGUUUUUGCUGAUGGCAAAUCUGUCUGGAAUUUAACCUGUUUGGCCGUUCCGGUUACACCGCCUGAGCUUGUCUGGGUGCCGGUUAAUUUGGGAAAACCCAUUUGUAGAGAACCAACGGAAACGGACCCUCCACUCACAGAAGAAGAGAUUGAAGUACACGAAGAAGAAACAAAUAGUGAACCAAAACACAUAACCGACAAACUUAAAAAUGAAAUUGCUGAUGUUUAUGAAAAGAAAGAGAAUUUAGAUAAUUUGGAAAUCGAUACCUAUGGUCCAGAAGAAGAUUUGGAUGGUACAUUUCAUGAAAAUUACGUUGAAAACAAUAUAGAAGCCAACAUUGAUGAUAUGAGCAACAAAAAGAAUGAAAUAAUUGUACCAUCAAAAUGGGAAGAAAACGAAGAAUUUACAAAUAAAGUCAGUGGCUCUGAAGGAAAUCCCGAUUAUAUUGAGAUUUAUGACGACGUAAUAAACCAUUCUAACAAUGAACAAAUUGAGUAUGAAGACAAUUUUAAUGCUAAUAUGGAAAGUGAUAGUUUACAAGGAAACAAUGAGGAAGAAACUGUUUCUGAAAUUGAGGAAAUUACACCAUCAGAACAAACAGUCGAGUCAUCAGAGAUGGAUGGGAGUGAUCUUGAAAAUGAGACGGAAGAAGAUUUCAGUGAACCUGAAACAUCAGCCGAAGAGGAUACUUAUAAGAUUUUCCCAGAAAUAGAAGAAAACACAAUAGAAGUUAACUUUAAAAACUAUGAAGCUGGAGAAUCAUCUGAUGAGGAAACUGAAAUGUCAGAAAUGAACGAAGAAGUAGAUAUACUAGAGGACACUGAAGAAGAAAACAAAGAACAUGAUGAAGAGGAAAUUGAAGAGGAAUAUGAAAGUGAAAAUGAAGUAGAGCAGAUUAAAGAAGAAGUGGAAGAAGCAAACACAGAAGAUAUAGAAGCCGAAAUGGGCGAAGAAUAUACAACAGAAAAUGAAAUGGAAGAAAUGGGAGAAGAAGAAGAAACAGAAUAUAAAGAGGAGGAGAUACAAGACGGCGAAGAACAUGAAAACAAAGAAUUAGAAGAAACCGAAGAAGAAGAAGAAGAAGACACAGAAAAUAAAGAGGAGGAGAUACAAGACGGCGAAGAACAUGAAAACAAAGAAUUAGAAGAAACCGAAGAAGAUGAAUACAACAAAGAAAAUGAAACAGAAAACGAAGAUGAACAAGAAAACAACAAAGAGGAAAGCGACGAAGAUGAAACAGAGGAAGAAAACAUAGAAUUGGAAAAUAAUGAAGAAAAUGAACAGGAUGCACCGAAUGAAGAAGAAAUGGAAUCAUUUGAUGAAGUACAUCCAUUGCAGCCCCCUUCAAUCAAAGAACCAAGUAUCAUCUAUGCCGCUAUUAAAGAAUCCUCUUUGUUUGACAAAGAAGAAAACGAAGAAGAAACAGAAAAUACCAAUAACGACAAUCUUAUAUAUGAGGAAGUAGAGCCGCCAGGAUCUCUAAUAGACAUUCAGUUGGGUCCUGUAGAAGCAUCAAAAGAACAGAUUCAGACGAACGAGAAUGAUUGUUCACUUCCGGCAGAAACAGGACCUUGUAGAGCUUACUUCCGGCGGUUCUUUUUUAACUCUGAAUCAGGAGAGUGCGAAGUAUUUGUAUAUGGUGGAUGUCAAGGAAAUGGAAAUAAUUUCAAAACAUUGAAUGACUGUGAAAAUACGUGUGUGAGAAAAACAGUGACUUUGUGAUAAACUGCUCGUAUUUUUUACCAGUUUUCUUAAAGAAUGAGAAAAAGAACUGUGAUAAAAUCUUCUUUUUUGCAUUGAAUGGUGCCAUACACGAAUACAGCACUUGUAUGUUGAUUGGACAAACACAGUGUAAUUUGAAUUAAGAUUGUUUUAGUGUGACAAAGUGUCUAAUUUAGAAGUUAUUUGUCUUCCUUAUACUGAGGACUGCAGUAUCAACGUUGGAUUGCAUGUUUUAGAAAUCAGUUUUGCUCAUUUUUUUGUUGGUAUUUGACAGAAUAUAUCGUCAGAUUAAAGGUUUUUAUUCGAUUUCAAUACUAUAUAUUUCGUAAUAGUUGAGCAAAACAGUUUUAGGACAUUUAAUCAUAUUCUGUCGGCAGAUGUGUUGCGGCAGCAUCUGAAAAGCUAAAAAUAGGACGAAAUCAUGGGUACAAAUACACAAUUACAUGUAUAUACAGUAGCGCUGGAAUGUAUAUGUUCAUGUCAGUGAAGUAAGGGUAAAAAUUCAAAACAGGGUGCAAUUUUAACAAUAUUUACUGUAUAAAAAUGUGUGUCCAUAGUUACCAUAUCACAGAGACAAUAUUUGUUUUAAGGCCAAGCGAAGUGCUUGCAGUUACGGUUUAAUGCUGGUGUAAUAUAAUUAUAAGACAUUUAAUGUAAAACAUUUUUGAGGGAAAUUUCCUUAACCGAACUUCCAUUAUGUUUCUUUCUUGUGUUUGUGUGAUAUCAGUAUUGGUUCGAGUGUAUGGCCAGUUUUUAAUGUCGUUUUUAUGACAGUGAUAGUUUUAAUUUGAAAUUACAACAGAAUCAUUUUUCUUUGUUUAACUUUUCAACAAACAAAAACAUAUUCAUUUUUCAUAUUUCAGCCGUCAGAUCAAACAAAUUAUAGUGAUUUAGCUAAUGUAUAUAUAUAUAUACAUGUUAUGAUAGAAUGAGUGCGCCUUAACAAGCUGGCAGUUUACGUAUACAUGUGAACAUAUGAUACGGCAUGUACAAACAGCAUUAUUUCUUAUGUACAUAUACAAUAAAUGCAAUGAAUGCAAGAGCUCUUCCGGGAUGUAAAACGUUCUACCCUAAAUUCCUUGAAAGUAUCAUUUUGCUACCUCAGUACCUAUUGAGAAUAAAAAUAAAAUCUGCACGAUUAAUGAUCCUAUGGAAGCAAAGAACGCAUGCAGGCAAAAUAAUAGCAGACUCCGUUUGAUGGAUUCUGAGAGCUGUGUGGAUUGUUGUUGAGGCGCCGUCUGAUGGUCAAACAGAGCGCCCUCUAGGUGACGUUUUAUUUUCUGGAAGAGUACUUAUCAUAUAAUUUUAUGGAUCAGAAAGUGGCAUGUAUGUGUUCCGCUUAAGAAUUAUUUAAUGUGAUUUACUAGUCAAAUUUAGAGAAUCAUAAUUCAGGAUUGUUUCCAGUGCGAUCCUGGUUAUAAGUACAAGUUUUAUACAACUGUGGUUUGAAUAUUGUAAAUAGACUUGUUAUAGAAAAUAUUGUUGAAUAAAUUUACUCUACA